AUGAUUCCUAACCCUCUUGACAACAAGCCAGCGUCUGGAAAGAGAAGAAAAGAGAAGGGACGAGACAAAGAAAAAGGGGCACCAGGUGUUAUGGAAAUCAAAGGCCCAUAUUACAUCACCAUAUGGCAGAUCGGAUCUGGAAAGCGGCAGCAGCUCAAUUGUGGUUCAAUGAGGGGUAGCUCCACAUGGAUUGACAAAUAA